AUAUAAAUGGCUGGCCUUACGAAAGUUGCUUCCAACUUUGGAAGCAUUUACCCUUUUCCAUAAAACUACACAAAUAAUCUUCUUCAUGAGCCUGAUUUUCAAGGCCCUCCUUCAUUCUCUGCUGCAUAACAAUCUUCUUCAUCAGCUUUCAGAGAAAACCACAGAAACUCUGAUAAAGAUAAGUGGACGCAUAGUGUUCUCAUAAAUCCUUCCAUUUUUUCAUUUUCCAAUUAUCGUUUCCUAUCCGUUGCUCGUAUUUUACUGGAAUAUGAGAAUAUGAAGUUUUUGGAUGUUCAAGCUGUAUAAUUUUAUUUUAUUAUAAAAAUAGAUUAUUUUAAUUAAUGGAUUAAUUUAAAAGAAUAGAAGUUUCUCGUGAGGGCGUUUUCAGUUUCAGUGUAUAGAUUUUUAGUGGGGCAAGUGACUAGUAGCUCGCCACGCGGCCAUUCAAGUUAGCAGAAGAAGAUAAAUAUAAACAUUAAACAGAGCUUUUUUCAACCUGCCCCUUACUUGUGCUCUACCUGAUCGACACCUUAUUCCCUCUCGUCUCGGUCUCUCUUCUUCUAAAACAUCAUCAUGGAUCCUUACAAGUUUCGUCCAUCAAGCGCCCACAAUUCCUCAUUCUUCACCACAAACUCUGGUGCCCCUGUCUGGAAUAAUAACAAUUCCCUCACUGUUGGGUCCAGAGGCCCAAUUCUGCUUGAGGAUUAUCAUUUGGUGGAGAAGCUAGCAAAUUUCGACAGGGAACGCAUUCCAGAGCGUGUGGUUCAUGCUAGAGGUGCUAGUGCUAAAGGGUUCUUUGAAGUAACUCAUGAUAUCUCUCAUCUAACUUGUGCUGAUUUCCUUCGAGCCCCUGGAGUCCAGACCCCUGUUAUUGUCAGGUUUUCCACUGUUAUCCAUGAGCGUGGAAGUCCUGAAACUCUCAGAGACCCUCGAGGUUUUGCUGUCAAGUUUUACACCAGAGAGGGUAAUUUUGACCUGGUGGGCAACAAUUUUCCUGUCUUUUUCAUCCGUGAUGGGAUUAAAUUCCCUGACAUGGUCCAUGCUCUCAAACCCAAUCCUAAGUCACACAUUCAGGAAACUUGGAGGAUACUUGACUUCUUCUCACACCACCCUGAGAGCUUGCACAUGUUCACCUUUCUCUUUGAUGACAUUGGAAUUCCACAGGAUUACAGGCACAUGGAUGGGUCUGGUGUUAACACCUACACUUUGAUCAACAAGGCUGGGAAAGCAUACUAUGUGAAAUUCCAUUGGAAACCAACUUGUGGGGUUAAGAGUUUGUUGGAAGAUAAGGCCAUAAGAGUCGGUGGAUCUAACCACAGUCAUGCCACACAGGACCUCUAUGACUCAAUUGCAGCUGGAAACUACCCUGAGUGGAAGCUUUUCAUUCAGACAAUUGAUCCUGCUGACGAGGAAAAGUUUGAUUUUGAUCCACUUGAUGUGACCAAGACUUGGCCUGAAGACAUCUUGCCCUUGCAGCCUGUGGGUCGCUUGGUUUUGAACAGGAAUAUCGAUAACUUCUUUGCUGAGAAUGAGCAACUUGCGUUCUGCCCCUCUAUUGUGGUGCCUGGUGUCUAUUAUUCAGAUGAUAAGUUGCUGCAAACUAGAAUUUUCUCCUACUCUGAUACUCAGAGGUAUCGCCUUGGCCCAAAUUAUCUGCAGCUUCCAGCAAAUGCUCCCAAGUGUGCUCAUCACAACAAUCACCAUGAUGGUUUCAUGAAUUUUAUGCAUAGGGAUGAGGAGGUCAAUUACUUUCCUUCAAGAUAUGAUCCUGUUCGUCAUGCUGAGAAGUACCCUAUUCCUUCUGCUAUUCUUUCUGGCAACUGUGAGAAGUGUGUCAUUCCAAAGGAGAACAACUUCAAGCAGCCUGGGGAGAGAUACCGUUCCUUUUCAUCAGAUAGGAAAGAGCGAUUUAUUCGACGUUGGGUUGAGGCCAUGUCUGACCCAAGGGUUACCUAUGAAAUCCGCAGUAUUUGGAUCUCAUACUGGUAUCAGGCUGACAAGUCUCUGGGACAGAAGAUUGCUUCUCAUCUCAACAUGAGGCCAACCAUGUGAUGAGCAGAAACAAUGUCUCAAAUAUUCAACCAUACAGUGACAGUGACAUUAUUCGAUCUAAUUACCGUGCCUUGUUUUAUAUGUAUUCUGUAUCUAAGAAAAAAAAACAUUGCAGUCUUGUGACAUAUACCGAGAAGAGUCUUUGUAAUAAGAUGUGCUAAUUAAUGUCUUAAAUAUGAGUUACUGUGUUUUUAAUAACUUUCCCUAGCGAGUCUCUUUUGACCGGUCUUUUCUUGAUGAGUGCCUGUUCCUGAUGAGUGCCUGUUGCAAAAGAAAACAAGGGUAGCCUAUUGGUCAACCAUUCCAAUUUUCAAGUUAGUCUUAGGUUGUUCAAAGAGAGUUUAUGAGUUGUAAAUAUAGAAUUGAGAAUUAGAUAAAGUAAACAUAUUUAAUUUAUACCUUA